AUGGCAGAUAAUAAGUCUGCUGCCUCAUUAUGGUUCUCCAUAGUGUCAUUAUUUCAUUUCAUUUCCAUGGCGUUUCUAAUAAUCUGUUGUCUGACCGCUCCCGUAUUUAAACAGAUCGGUUUAUCAAAAUAUAAUGAUUAUACAUAUGGUGUCUUUGGAUACUGUGAUAGCAUCAAUGAUUCAUGCUCAAAGGCUGCUGCCGUUUAUGAUCCGACAACAAUUACAGAAAGUUCAGAUAAUUGGAGAGUACGCUCCACGAUAAGACACAAUAUUCGUAACAUUCUAAUAGUGACACCAAUUGCUGCAGGCUUAAAUUUCUUUACUUUCAUCAUCGCAACUGUUUUCCUAACACUUAUAUUGAUCAAUGACAGGAGGACAAAUUUCUUAAUGCUGUUAGGUCAUCUAUUCUUUUCAUUUAUUAGUUUCGCAGCCACUGCACUAGGAUGCAUUAUCACGUUUUUAUUGUUCUUUCCAAAUAUGACUUGGUGUUCAUGGUUAUUAAUUCCAGCUGCUGCUUUGCCUUUGAUUGCGAUGCCAUUGACUUUUUUAGCACAUUCUUACAGUCGCGUACCUUCUUACGAUAAUAACUCUGAUGAUGCUGAUAGUUAUGAUGCUGAAUUAAUUAGAGUAAUGGAUAAAGAAGACGACUUCCAAUUAAAUAAUAAGUCAAAUGGAAAUUUCGUGUUGCCAGAUUUUAACCAGACUGAAAAAAUGACACACUCAAAUUCUACACUAUUGGACAACUCUACAGCAUCAUUAUCUACUAAAGAUCUUAACAAUAUAACAGAAAAACAAAUUACAAAUAAUGAACAAGACGAGGAGAAUGAUGUCUUAGACUCUAAUGAUCCAAAUUUUGCAUACUCAGCUAUCAAUUCUGAUAGAUUAGCAAGUAAUCACGGCUCAAUUAAAUCUAAAGGCAGCAAAUUCAAAAUAGCUAAUACUGGUAAAGAUGAGAAUAAUCCAAUAAAUAAAAUGUACACAUUAUCAACUAGUUCAGAAGGUUCAUUUAAUAUAAAUGAUCGCCAAAUUGACGCUGAAAGUGAUUCAGGUUUAACGUCAGUUUCACAAAGAGGAGUGAAUCCACAUUACGUUCAAUAUCAACAGCAACAACAGCGACAACAGCUUCACCAAAGACAACAGGGGCUACAAUAUCACAAUAAUAACCAAAUAAACAAUAUGAAUAUGCAACCAUUUAAUCAACCUCAAGUGCCUCAGCAGAGACCAAUGAACAAUCAAAUGCCAAGAAAUUUGCAAUACAAUCAACCAAAUCCACAAAAUCAACGUUACCAAAUGCAGAGUCACUACACACCACCACUAUACCAACAACAAAAACAAUAUAAUGUACCAAUAAAUAAUGCACCACCACCACCAGGUGCCCAAUUUUCAUCAAAUCGUUAUAAACCAGCUUAUAAAUCACAAAUGGGUAGAAAUAACAUACCCGGUGCAUCUUCUAUGACUAGCCCUUAUGGAUUUAGAUAA